CUGUAUGUGCCAGAGACCCCAUCAUGUCCGUCCCGCUGGCUGUCAUUCUGCUCUCACUGCUACUGAUGGCGAACAGCGGAGCUGCAGCCAGACCGGUGCUUUCCUUCUCCCCAAACUGGGCCCCAAUACUCACUGGUGAUUCUGUAACUCUGACCUGUAACGGGGCCCGUCCUGCACAAGGGAAUGAGAGAUAUACCUGGUACCGAGGCAGUAACCCAAUACCUGGAGUGGAACAGCAGAACUAUACUAUCCAGGGGGCCCAGAGAGAACACAGUGGGAGGUACCAGUGCCAGAUCGGUACCAGUGAGAGAAGUGCCCCCCUCCAACUGCCAGUUAGUGAGGAUAAAGUCAUCCUACAGGCGCCCCCUGGUGCCCAUGAGGGGGAGGAGCUGACUCUCAGAUGUUACACUCGCCCUGAAUAUAAAACAACAAACACAGCAGUUUUUUACAGGAACAAAUUAACCAUUCGGCCCCUGGGCUCAGACUCCCUUGUGCUUGGGGGGGCACAGACCCACAUGUCGGGGUCAUACAGCUGCCAAACAAAGUUACAUGAUAAGGAUCAGGGUAUCACUAUUACUUACACAUCUGCUGAGGAACAUGUUUCAGUCACAGAGCUGUUCAGUCCCCCACAAAUAAAAGUGAGUGCAGAUCAGGUGACAGAAGGAGAUCACAUGACCAUAACAUGUGACACAGAGCUCAGCCCACACAGAGAGACUACAGAGCUGCAGUUUGCUUUCUACAGAAAUGGGCACAAUGUGCAGGGAUUCAACUCAUCCAACCAAUAUGGAGUCCUCUCAGCUCAGCUGGAGGAUUCUGGGAAUUAUACCUGUGAGGUACAAACUCCAACCGGCAGUGUGAGGAAGAGGAGCAACAUGACACAUAUCCACAUACAGGAGCUGUUCAGUUCCCCACAAAUAAAAGUGAGGCCAGAUCAGGUGACAGAAGGAGAUCACAUGAACAUAACAUGUGACACAGAGCUCAGCCCACACAGAGAGACUACAGAGCUGCAGUUUGCUUUCUACAGAAAUGGGCACAAUGUGCAGGGAUUCAGUUUAUCCAACCAAUAUGGAGUCCCCUCAGCUCAGCUGGAGGAUUCUGGGAAAUAUACCUGUGAGGUACAAACUCCAACCGGCAGUGUGAGGAAGAGGAGCAACAUGGCACAUAUCCACAUACAGGAGCUGUUCAGUUCCCCACAAAUAAAUGUGAGCGCAAAUCUGGUGACAGAAGGAGAUCACAUGACCAUAACAUGUGACACAAAGCUCCGCCCACACAGAGAGACUACAGAGCUGCAGUUUGCUUUCUACAGAAAUGAGACAAAAGUACAAGAAUUCAGUACAUCUUAUGAAUACAAAAUACUUUCAUUUGCGCUGAAUAAUUCUGGGGAAUAUACCUGUGAGGUACAAGCACUAAAUGGCCGUGUGAUGAAGAGGAGCAGCAUGAUGGAUUUCCAAUUACAAGUCGAGAAAGUCCAACACAACUACCUACUGCUGAAUGUAACCAGACUGAUAUUGGCUCCCAUUAUAUUCAUAUGGACAGUGUUCCUGAUCUUUCACCAUAUAAAGACCCAUGGAUCUAGAGAACGUACAGAGAAGACCGUGGAGAGCAUGGAAAUGGAUUAUGUAAAUGGAUAA